UGGAACCAUGAACUCCAGCCACAGCUUUAGCCAGACCUACUCAGCCUCUGUCCACAGCCUCGGAGGCAGCUGGGGUCGGCCUGGGAGCUUCCACAGGACCCCUAGUGUCCAUGGAGGGGCAGGAGGUGUCCGCAUCUCCCUUUCCUUCACCACACCAGGCUGUCUGCCUCCUGGAGGAUCAUGGGGGUCUGGAAGAGGCAGUCCCCUGCUAGGUGGAAAUGGCAAGGCCACCAUGCAGAACCUCAAUGACCGCCUGGCCAUCUACCUGGAGAAGGUACGGGCUCUGGAGGAGGCCAAUUCAAAGCUGGAAAGUCGUAUCCUGCAGUGGCAUCAGGAGAGAGAACCUAGCAACAAAAAAGAUUAUUCCCAAUAUGAGGAAAACAUCAGCCGCCUGCAGGAGCAGAUCGUGGACAGUAAGAUGACAAAUGCUCAAAUUGUCGUGCUCAUUGACAACGCCAGGAUGGCCGUGGAUGACUUCAACCUCAAGUAUGAAAAUGAACACUCCUUUAAGAAAGACUUGGAAAUUGAAGUUGAGAGCCUCCGAAAGACCUUGGAUGACCUGACCAUUGUCACGACAGACCUGGAGCAAGAGGUGGAGGGAAUGAGGAAAGAGCUCAUCCUCAUGAAGAAGCGCCAUGAGCAGGAAAUGGAGGAGAGUCAUCUGCCAAGUGACUUCAAGGUCAAUGUGAAGGUGGACACAACUCCAGGGGAAGAUCUGAUUAAGGUCUUGGAAGACAUGAGACAGGAGUAUGAGCUAAUCAUAAAGAAGAAACAUCAAGAGUUGGACACCUGGUUUAGAGAGCAGUCAGCCGCCAUGUCCCAGGAGGUGGCCAACCCGGCACCUGUACAAGGCAACCAAAGCGAUGUCCAUGAGCUGAGGCGAACAUUCCAGGCCCUAGAGAUUGACCUGCAGGCACAGCACAACAGGAAAUUGGCUUUGGAAAACAUGCUGACAGAGACCCAGACUCGCUACUCCUGCCGCCUCCAGGACAUGCAGCAGAUCAUCUCCCACUACGAGGAGGAGCUGAUGCAGCUACGCCAAGACCUGGAGCGGCAGAACAGUGAACACAAAGUGCUGCUGGGCAUCAAAACCCACCUAGAGAAGGAAAUCGCCACCUACCGCCAGCUCCUGGAGGGAGACGUUGAAGGGAAAAUGGAUGAGUCUGAGUCGAGAAUGAAAGGAUCUGCAGCUUCAACAAUCAAGGCCAUCACUCAAGAGAGCGUCAAUGGAAGAAUAGUUCUUUCUCAAGUGAAUGAGAUCCAAAAGCAUGUGUGAGGCCAAUAAGUCUCUGGCUGUUGUAAAAACCAUGUUCCCCAAUGGAAAGUCCUUGCCUAGAUGCUAAUGGGUGAGUCUCACUGGGAAUCCUUGGAGUAUUCAG